AUGACUUUAAUCGCAUCAAUGAAGAACAUGACACCAACCUCCUCGACUAUUGUGUCGAAGGCAUCGUUUGGUGGUGGAUCAUACGGUGUUGCAUCUCAGGGUGCAAACCAAGCUGCCUUCAAGUUGUUGCCAUGUUUGCCUGAUAUCAGUAUCAACAUUGACAUUGAUCUCGACAUUAACCUGUUGGGUAUCGAUCUUAUCCACGCCGAUAUCCAUGCCAGCAUCCACUAA